GAGGGUGGGGCUUCCCCCUCACACAAACGCCCCACCAUACUUCCCAAAAAAAUGUGUGUGUAUGUGAGGAAGAGAAACAGACAGAGCACAGGCGGUGCAAGCCAGCUUCAGUACAUGACCUGAAAGUUUCAAGGGCAAAGGGGGAAAAGAUUGAUUGAGGAUGAUGAACGUGAUGACAAAGAGCUUGAACAAUGUGAGGAUGUGUGGUUCUGGAAGAAACUGGAAUCUCUAAUUAAUUCACAUCUGACAUUUCUGAAGAGGGAGCAAAGUGACAAGAGAGGAUACAAGAUAGCAGACACUCCCCACCAACUCAUUUCUCCAUUCACUCAACUGCCAAGCGCUGUACAAGGAGCAUCAAUGGACCUGCCAAUCAACCUCAUCUUUCUCCUCCUUCUUGCCAUCAGUGGAGUUCUUGGAGCGUGCCCAGAUGGAUGCCAGUGCAAAGACAACAAAAUCCUUUGCCAUGGCAGGUCAAUCACAGAGUUUCCCUCCUCAGUGCCUGGUUCCACUACCACCUUCUACAUCUCCAACACCAACAUCACUGCUCUCAAACCUGAUGACUUGGCUGGUUUUGCCGAGGCCCUUGGCAUCUUUGUGGUCAAAGACACUGGGAUCAGAGAAGUAUUCCCUGGCACCUUUGACCUCACCCAUAACUUGGGUGCCCUGGGCUUCACAGGCACUGUGCUGAAUGACCUGCCUGAGGCCCUGUUUCUAAAUCUGGUGAAGCUGGAAUCUCUGACUCUGAGCGGCAACAAGUUCCUGGUGCUUCGCCCCGCCUGGCUCAACUCCCUCGCUGCUCUGAGGACCCUGGACUUCAGCAAGAACCUCAUCACGUCUGUACCAGAGAAGGCCUUUCGCUCUGUCACUCAGCUGGAGCAUCUCACCCUGGCCAGGAACAGCAUCAACCAACUCUACAGGGACACCUUCAGGGGCCUGAGCAAGCUCAAAUCCCUGCGUCUGAACCGGAACGCUCUUAGGGUGAUCCCUGCUGGAGCGUUUGAUGACCUGGUAAGCCUGGAGGAGCUCUCUCUGCAGGAUAAUGCCAUCACUCAUCUCCCCGCUAACCUGUUCUCCCAGCUGCAGAGGCUAAAGAAGCUUUAUCUCUCCAGCAACCGGCUAACUUCCCUCCCAGAGGGGAUUCUCCUCAACCUCCCUAACCUGGCACAGAUCUCCCUGUAUGAGAACGAGCUCCAGAGUCUGUCCCCAGGAGUGUUCGGCCCCAUGGCCGUGAGGGAGCUGUGGCUGUAUGACAACCGGCUGACCCACCUGGAGGAACACACCUUCAGCAACCUGACCCAGCUGCGUCUGCUGGUACUGAGCCGGAACCAGAUCAGCUCUGUGUCUCCCGGGGCCUUCAGUGGGCUGGCAGAGCUGGGGGAAGUGUCCCUACACACCAACCUCCUCACCAGCCUGCAGGAAAACACCUUCCAGGGGCUGCAUAAGCUGGUAAACAUCUCCCUGGAGCACAAUUACAUCCACUCCCUUCCUGCCAAGCUUCUCCAGGGCCACUCCCACCUUGGCCAGCUGGACCUCCACAACAACUCCCUCCUCAACCUGCCCUCAGAGCUCCUCAGCACCCUCACGGUGGCCAAUGAGGUGCUGCUCGCUGAAAACCCCUGGAAGUGUGACCAGGACAUCGUGCCACUGCGGGACUGGCUGACACAGAACCCCACCAAGACUAACCUCAGUACUGUGGUGUGCCUCACGCCCUCUGUCUUAAGCGGUGACAGCAUAGCCGAACUGACUGACGAGGAGUUGAUGUUGUCCACUCCGACCGCCGUCCCUGAUAUCACCCCGACAGAGAAGAGGAGGAAGCCCCACACCCCCGCUCCCAAGUGGAGCACCCCCUCCCCUGCUGCAGAGGCCACGCCCACCCAGGAGCAGGGGGAGGACACCAGCAGUGGGCAGGGGAACGGAGAGGGUGUGUCCAGGAACACGCAGAUCAUUAUCAUCGCGGUGGUCUGCACCGCCAUCAUCACCAGUCUCAUUGUCUGCUGCGUCUGCUGGAGGAGGAACAACAGAGGCAGCCGCAACCUUGGCCGCAGGAACAAAAACAACUCGGUCAUCUAGACUGGCCCAGAGGCCUGAGAACCACAUAGGAGGUGUACUGUACAGUUAUGCUGAGCAUGCCAGAGCAAACAUCCUGAUGCAGCUGUUCCCAAACAUCUUAGCACAGGAACCCAUCAUGUCUCUAUCAUGUCCCUUCAAGAACUCAUGACCAAGGACAGACUAGCUGGGGCCUGAUCCUUGGGGAACUCUACUUUGAUCAAAUAAGUUAUUCUGAUUGGGAUCCCAUAAUAUUAUAACUAAACAAUUUUGCAAGUCCCUCUUCAGCAAGCUUUCUGAGGUUUGAACAAUAUUUUGCACAAAUAACCAAAAAGGACAUCUCAUAAACCAACAAUAAUCAUCUGGAAAUUGCAUGGAUGGUAAAUGCACAAAAUGCCAUUCAUAUUUUUUUUGAUACUGGUAAAAAAGUUGAACGUAUACAACUGAAGUCGGAAGUCACCAUUCAUGUGGGUUGGAGUCAUUAAAACUCGUUUUUCAACCACUCCACAAAUUUCUGCUUAACAAACUAUUGUUUUGGCAAGUCGGUUAGGACAUCUAUCACAAUUCCAGUGGAUCAGAAGUUUACAUACACUAAGUUGACUGUGCCUUUAAACAGCUUGGAACAUUUCUGAAAAUCAUGUUAUGGCUUUAGAUGCUUCUGAUAGGCUAAUUGAUGGAUGUAUUUUAAGGCCUACCUUCAAACUCAGUGUCUCUUUGCUCGACAUCAUGGGGAAAUCAAAAGAAAUCAGCCAAGACCUCAGAAACAAAUUGUAGACCUCCACAUGUCUGGUUCAUCCUUGGGAGCAAUUUCCAAACGCCUGAAGGUAUCACGUUCACCUGUACAAACAAUAGUACGCAAGUAUAAACACCAUAGGACCGUGCAGCCGUGAUACCGCUCAGAAAGGAGACGUGUUCUGUCUCCUAGUGAUGAACGUACUUUGGUGUGAAAAGUGCAAAUCAAUCGCAGAACAACAGCAAAGGACCUUGUGAAGAUGCUGGAGGAAACAGGUACAAAAGUAUCUAUAUCCACAGUAAAACAAAUCCUAUAUCGACAUAACCUGAAAGGCUGCUCAGCAAGAAACAAGCCACUGCUCCAAAACCGCCAUAAAAAAGCCAGAUUAUGGUUUGCAACUGCACAUGGGGACAAAGAUCGUACUUUUUGGAGAAAUGUCCUCUGGUCUGAUGAAACAAAAAUAGAACUGUUUGGCUAUAAUGACCACCGUUAUGUUUGGAGUAAAAAGGGGGAGGCUUGCAAGCUGAAGACACCAUCUCAACCGUGAAGCACGGGGGGGGGGCAGCAUCAUGUUGUGGGGGUGCUUAGCUGCAGGAGGGACUGGUGCACUUCACAAAACAGAUGGCAUCAUGAGGCAGGAAAAUUAUGUGGAUAUAUUGAAGCAACAUCUCAAGACAUCAGUCAGGAGGAUAAAUCUUGGUUGCAAAUGGGUUUUCCAAAUGGACAAUGACCCCAAGCAUACUUCCAAAGUUGUGGCAAAAUGGCUUAAGGACAACAAAGUCAAGGUAUUGGAGUGGCCAUCACAAUGCCCUGACCUCGAUCCUAUAGAAAACUUGUGGGCAGAAUUAAAAAAGCGUGUGCGAGCAAGGAUCCUACAAACCUGACUCAGUUACACCAGACAGGAGGAAUGGGCCAAAAUUCACCCAAUUUAUUGUGGGAAGCUUGUAGAGGGCUACUCAAAACAUUUGACCCAAGUUAACCAAUUUAAAGGCAAUGCUACCAAAUACUGAUUGAGUGUAUGUAGUCUUCUGACCCACUGGGAAUGUGAUGAAAGAAAUAAAAGCUGAAGUAUAUCUUUCUACUAUUAUUCUGACAUUUCACAUUCUUAAAAUAAACUGGUGAUCCUAACUGACCUAAAAUGUCAGGAGUUUAAAUGUAUUUGGCUGAGGUGUAUGUAAACUUCCGACUUCAACUGUAUACUGAACAAAUGUAACGUUCAGCAUAGUCUUAUCACACACCUGCUGUUUUUUUUAGAAGCUGUUUUUUUUAAUGAUUUACUGACUGGAAUUAGGCUACUUACUGUGUCAUUUUUCUAUAGUGUAAUCAGUAGAUAAAGGCUGGUUUCAUCUACUUGCAAACGAUUAUGCUCCACACACAAAUCAAGUCAAAUGACGGACUGUUAUAUUAAAUAAAUACACUAUAUGGUAGUGAUAUUCUGAAAUACUCAAGAGACAAGUCUUCAUUGUGUGGCACUGUGUGAUAAAGAGCUGUUAUCUUUCCACAACAACAACGUGUUGAACUGAUGUGUGUGGGGGGGGAUUCCCGUCUUCUUCAGCCCAUUGUAUUUGGUCCAGUUGUAUACCAAAAUCACUUGUUCCUCGGGAAAACAUUGAAGUUUUAAGCCUGACUAUUUGAAUGAGAAGUUAUCCCACUAGUGAAAUUUGGUAUGCACUCUGAGUAGGCUACACAAAAAAAGAUUGAUGAUCAUGUUUAUGCCAAUGGUUUGUGAUGGGGUUGGGAGGGUAUCAGAUGAAAAACUCUGCCAUGACCUUGGCACCCAGAGUUUGUGUGUGGGGGAGAUUCUGACUUUAUCCUUGGUACAUUCCAUGUGUUUAACGCAGAUUGAUGGUAUAGGCCUACACUUAGCAUUGAAAUGUAAGCCACCCAUCUAACUGAACACACUUAACAAGAUAGAGAAUAGAUAGUUUGGUUGAUGCUGAGAAUGGAAUGUGUUUUUAAAUAUAUGUUUUUAAAUAACAUUCUCUGAACAUAACUAAAGUAAUCUUGUGUUUUUUUUGUAGAGCAAUUCCUUUAUGUUUCUGAGAACGGAAUGAAUGUUUUUAACAAAAUUCUUAGAACGUUGCUAAACUUUUCUUGCGGUUUUUAUGGAAAGCUUUCUUAAAACCCUUUACACUCGUAGGAAUUGGCCUAAAUGGAUAGGGAUACAUUGAAACGUUUCUUACAGAAGAAACAUGAAAAGCAUUGAAGAACUAGAGCAAGCACACUUGUAGCUGUUUUGUUUGGAACUCAGCCCUGCAUCCCCGCCAUCACACAAUUACUGUUGUUGUUUAGGCAAUCCAAGAAUGGUCCAUUAUAAAUCGCAAUCUGGGUCAGGUUGGCAUCAUUUGAAAGCUUGUUCUAUUGCCAACUAGCUAAGUUAUAAAAUACGACAUUACAGUCUUAGUCUUUCACAAUGCAAUUUGGGGAAACAGAUCCUAAUUUUGGUGCGCAUAGAAAGGAGUCAUGAGUGCAGUGUUGUAGUACUCGGGAACGGUUGCGGACUUACAAAAAAAAGAUUGCUGUUUUGAAAAAGUGCAGUAACUGCAGUCAACGGUGAUAUUUUGGACACAGUAUUUGCAGCAUACUGCAAUUAUCCUUCACUAAAACUGCAGUUAUACUGCAGUGUACGUUACAGCCUUGUUAUAAAAUAGAUUAAAUAAAAAACAUUUCCUCACCAAUCUACACACAGUACCCAAUAAUAACAAAGCAAAAACAGGUUCUAAGAAAUGUUGGUAAAUGAUUAAAGAAGUAAAACCGAAAUGCCUUAUUUACAUAAAUAUUCAGAUCCUUUGCCGUGAGACUCGAAAUUGAGCUCAGGUGCAUCCUGUUUCCAGAUGUUUCUACAACUUGAAUGGAGACCACCGUGGUAAAUUAAAUUGAUUGGUUGUGAUUUGAAAAGGCACACCCAACGUCCCACAGUUAACAGUGCAUGUCAGAGCAAAAACCAAUCCAUGAGGUUGAAGCAAAUGUCCGUUGAGCUCCGAGACAGGAUUGUGUCGAGGCACAGAUCUGGGGAAGGGUACCAAAAUAUUUCUGCAGCAUUGAAGGUCCCCAAGAACACAGUGACCUCCAUCAUUCUUAAUUGGAAGAAGUUUGGAACCACUGAGACUCUUCCUAGAGCUGGCCGCCCGGCCAAACUGAGCAAUUGAGGGUGAAGGACCUUCGUCAGGGAGGUAACCAAGAAUCCUGAUGGUCACUCUUACAGAGCUAAGGGAGAUGGGAGAUCCUUCCAGAUGGACAACCAUCUCUGCAGCAAUCCACCAAUCAGACCUUUAUGGUAGAGUGGCCAGACAGAAGCCACUCCUAUGUAAAAGGAACAUGACAGCCCGCUUGGAGUUUGCCAAAAGGCACCUAAAGGACUCUCAGACCAUGAGAAACAAGAUUCUCUUGUCUGAUGAAACCAAGAUUGAACUCUUUGGCCUGAAUGCCAAGCGUCACCUGGAGGAAACCAGGCACCAUCCCUACUGUGAAGCAUGGUGGUGGCAGCAUCAUGCUGUGGGGAUGUUUUUCAGCGGCAGGGACUGGGAGACUAGUCAGGAUCGAGGAAAAGAUGAACGGUGCAAAGUACAGAGAGAUCCUUGAUGAAAACCUGCUCCCGAGCGCCCAGGACCUCAGACUGGGGGCGAAGGUUCACCUUCCAACAGCACAACGACCCUAAGCUCACAGCCAAGACAUUGCAAGAGUAGCUUUGGGACAAGUCUCUGAAUGUUAUUGAGUGGCCCAACCAGAACCCGGACUUGAACCCGAUCAGAGACCUGAAAAUAGAUGAGCAGAGACACUCCCCAUUCAACCUGACAGAGCUUGAGAGGAUCUGCAGAGAAGAAUGGGAGAAACUCCCCAAAUACAGGUGUUCCAAGCUUGUAGUGUUAUACCUGACCGUGUGGUGCAAAGACAACAACCUCUCCCUCAAAGUGAUCAAGACAAUGGAGAUGAUUGUGGACUACAGUAAAAGGAGGAUACAGGCUUUGAACAAUUAAACUAACACACAAUUAUACACAACUGCAAAAGGAUGGACUCUUUUUAGUUUGAGGUUUAGGGGCUUUAAAUCUAGAAAAAUACACAUACACUCUUAAUUUCUUUCAAAUGAAGCGUUUAAGCUUUCAGUAAACUUUCUGCAGGUAAAGACAUCGCCACCUAAAGGCUACUUUCCUAACUAAAUUAAACAAACUCUACUACUACUUCCUAAACCUGCUAGUUCACGAAGAAAAUAUGUCAAUUCAUCAUUAUUCGUUCUCUGAACCAAUCUGCUACACUUAGAGAGGAAUAAUGUCCCCUGCUGCAUGUGACUUUCUGGAGCGGGGCCAUACCAUACAAAAUGGUGCAUUGUUUAGAUCAGACCAGUGACCUUUGACACAGCGCUACUGUAUUCUGUAUCUCAUAGUGCGUUCUGGAACUCACUGAAUCACUGAUCAUGGCAUAACCAACCAAAGAGCGCAUACACAUUUCAACUGGAAGUUAACAUGACAAAACAGAAACCGUAGCUACUGUAAUUGAACCUUACUGUAUAUGGACACAUACUGUGUAAUAGCUUAAUUGAUUAUUAGAAAAUAAGAAUAAAGAAUACAGUACUAAAGCAUACAUAACACCACUGCCAUAAGAUUCAGAGUUCUAGUAUAGCCCCCAAUAUGUGAUCUAUGGGCUCACAGCUCUGUUCCUUCUUAUCUCUGACAGCAGAGGGUUCUCUAGCCACGCCCCAUGUUGCCUCUGGUAGGCACCUAGCACACUGGUAGCCUGCUUUGGGAGUUAAAUCAAAGAUAGGCGAGAUCAGGUGAGUCCAUUCCAGCCAAUGAGAGGGCAGAUCCGUGUGUGAACAACAGGCACAACGCCGACAUAAAGUUGUUUUAUUCAAAAGUUGCCAAAAUGCCACGUACAUCCACUUACAUCCGUGCAUUCUUAAAAACCGAACCCUUACGAAAUUUCUAUUCGAUCAAAAAAGCCUCAGGUAGCAAAUGAGCAAUUACACUUUAUGUUGACAAAACUUGUCUAUCUGUCAUUGACAUGCAAAAAGUUUUGGAACAAAGGUCAAAAGUUUUGGAACACCUACUCAUUCAAGGGUUUGUUUUUAUUUGUACUUUGUAGACAUCAAAGCUAUGAAAUAACACAUAUGGAAUCAUGUAGUAGCCAAAAAAGUGUUCAACAAAUCAAAAUAUACUGUAUUUAAUAUUUGAGAUUCUUCAAAUAGCCACCCUUUGCCUUGAUGACAGCUUUGCACACUCUUUGCAUUCUCUCAACCAUCUUCUGUCAUGUAUUGUCAUGUUAUGUCUUGUUCCUGUUCUUUCUCUUCUCUUCGUUUCCCCCUGCUGGUCGUAUUAGGUUACCUUCUCUCCCUUUCCUUCCCCCAGCUGUUCCUCAUCUCCUCUAACUACCUCGUUUACUCUCUCUCACCUGUUUCCUUUUUUCCCUCUGAUUAGGUCUCUAUUUCUCUCUCUGUUUCUGCUUCUGUCUUUGUCAGAUUCUCGUUUGCUUCACCCUUGUCCUGUCCUGUCGUAAUCUGCCUCUUCAUCAGAUGCUACGUGUGAUCAGGUACCUCUGUCCUCUACUACCCGCGCCUACCCGGAGAGACCAGCAGUCUGUCGGCGCUAACCCUGCUAUUCUCCUCUGCUGCUAGAAGGGGACUCUCCUGUUAAGAUCAGAGGACUUUAUAAUUUGUUUGUCGCCCUCUCUGCGGGUUGUCUAUGUUGUCAAUCGAUACAUCUGAAGAGGAUCUAUGUCUUCCCUGUGUUUUGACAUUAAAAGACUGUUUCUGUUAAA